UAAUAAAUUUUUAGAGAAUUUAAUUUGUUCUCGUCGAGUACAUAGAAAAUUUUACUUAGCUCCUCAAAUGAUAUCACGUUGUAUCAUAGACAUUAUUAUGUCUAAAUAUUAUAUGUAUAUUAGAUAUUACGCCUAUGCACUUCGUCGUCAAUCAAAAAAAUGAUAAUUACAUUUCGUUCACCGAUGGUUUUGAUAUCCGUGUUUUUACAUGGUCAUUGCUUUUUCCUGAUAAAUAAAAUAAUAUUUCAUUAUGCUAAAUUUUUUAAUGGACUUAUUUAACAUUAUAGUUGGUAAUUCUUUUUAAUCAACAUUUAAAACUUAAAAGAUAAAAUGUCGUUUUUAAAUAGUUCAAAUAGUUCUAUCGAGCAGCUUUUGCCAUACAAAAAAACUCCAGAUUCAAUACAUUUUAGUUUGCCAGAUAACUUCAUUCCAGGAUCUAUAGCUUUUGCGAACUUUCCCAUCCGGCCUAAUACUCGAAAAGUUAAAUCAAUUGGGAAAAGAAUUUCAAAUGUGAGCUGGAAUCAUGACGAGGCAAAAAGAAUUUACGCAAAAAAAACUAUGAACCUAUAUCACUGGACACAACCUGGGUUGCCGACUGAAUUUGUUCGAAAACUUAUAUCAGACAGCUGGGAUAACAUGACCGAGGAAGAGAAGCAAGUUUAUGUCAAACAAGCGAACGGAGAAUAUGGACCUCUUAUGAUACAUCCUCAUCUGUCGUUGAUGUAUCAAUGUGGACAGUUAAGCGAACUCGCAAAACAUACUUAACCAGAUAUCAAACGUAUUUAUCAUUACUAUAGUUAAAGUGUUUAUUUUUCUUUUGUUUUUUUUAGUUAAAAUAUUUUUUGCAAUUGAUGUUUAAACUUUUUAUACAAUAAAAUAACAAUAUUAUGUUAAAAAUAUAAUAGAAUGAAUAUUUGCGAACAAACAUUUUUAUUGUUAUUUAAUAUUUAUUAAAAUAUUAUUGUAU